UGGGUUUUUUUUUUUUUUUAACUAAUUUGUCCUCUCUCUUUCUUGUCUUCAGAUUUUUCUAUUCAUAAAAAUUGUACUACUUUGUUUCCACUUUUCCAGUGCUACUAGUGCUGCAAUAUACGGUUAAAUCACUGGUUUACGUUUUCCGAUAACAGUGCAUUAAUAUUGACGCGUCAAAUUUGAUUGGUGGGUUUAGCAAGCGUCAAUAUCAGGAUAAGCACAGGAAAAGAACAGUUGUUGGUGUGCUAGUAACCUUGAUUAAGUCUGUUCUUCAAUUAGAGGGGAUGAAUUAGGGUUGAAUAAGUUACAGGAAGAUCCACAACCAUAAUUUAAAAAAAGAAUUAUGAAGCAGAUGAUGAUGAUUAUUUAAGGAAUAUUAGAUUAAAAAAAAAGAUAGGGGAUGAGAUCAAGUUUAGAUCUUGGCCUUCUUUAUUAAAAAGUAAGAUUUGAUGGACAUGAGAGAGCAAGAUAAUAAGGAAAUAGAGAUGCCUAGUACUUUGGGUUAUAAUCUCCCCAAUAGAAAUUCCUCUUCUUCCAAGCUAAGUUCUCCAACUCUAGCUUCAACAGUAGUAGGGGAUCAAAGAGGUGAUCAUGAUCAACCUCCUCAAAGUCGCACAAUAAUUUUCAGUGAUCCAUCCCAAAACUCACAUCACCAUCAUCUUUAUCCUUCUUCUCUUCCACCAAACCCACUUCAACUUCCACAAACAAACAGACCCAGAAGGGAUCCAGAUCCAAGUCCAAUUUCUCCUCCUAUAGUCACAACAAGCAUAACAAACACCCCAAGAACAGCACCACCACCACAAACAACAGGAACUACCGCAGUUAGAUACCGAGAAUGUCUGAAGAAUCAUGCAGCAAGCAUGGGGGGUCAUGUCACAGAUGGAUGCGGAGAGUUCAUGCCAAAUGGAGAAGAGGGAACUGCAGAAUCCUUCAAGUGUGCAGCUUGUGAGUGCCACAGAAAUUUUCACAGAAAGGAAGCUGAAGGAGAUUCACAACACGUUUUCAACUACCACACCUCUUAUCCCAACAAGAACAACGCUCACAAUAGGAACAUUCAUUCUCCUCAGUCUCAUCUUCAGUUUCCUACACCUCACUCUUCUCUUCACCAACUUCAUAGACUUUCUUCUUCACAUGGGGUUGUGGGAGUGGCCACCCCUUCUGGGGGUUUGAUUCAGCCCAUGAUGAUAGGCUUUGGAGGAGGCCCAGCUGAGUCCUCAAGUGAAGAUCUCAACAUGUUUCAGUCAAAUGAUGGAGGCCAAUUAUUAUCAGUGCAACCACCGCUAUCAUCAAAGAAGAGGUUCAGAACCAAGUUCACACAGCAACAAAAAGAUAGGAUGAUGGAGUUCGCUGAGAAACUGGGGUGGAAGAUCCAGAAACAAGAUGAGGAGGAAGUGCAUCAAUUCUGCUCUCAAGUUGGUGUAAAAAGACAGGUUUUCAAGGUUUGGAUGCACAACAGCAAGCAAGCUAUGAAGAAGAAGCAAACGUAA